AUGCUUAAAGCUUCCUCCCAUUUACAUUUUUCCAACUCAUUUUCUGGUACUCCAAAAGUGGUAUUUUCUACAGAAUGCAAUGAACGAAUGCAACAAGUCAUAUUUUGGGCACUUCUACUAAAGAGUAAAUUAAAGAGUGAUUUGUUCAAAGCUAAAAACCCAAUCCCAAAAUUAAUCAACGCUCCCGUAAACUGGGAAACCUGGGAAACCUUUAGAAAAAACUUGGAUGAAAAUCUUAAUAAUCAAAAGCGAUACAGAGACUUAGACGAUAUCAAUAAGAGCAUCGAGCAUAUUAAAGGCACAAUAAAAGUUGCAGUCACCCAAGCGCAGACCAGAAAACACGCAACUACACCUCAGCUAACCAAUUCCCUCACAAUUGCCGUAAAAAAUCUAAUAAAAGGAAAACACAAAACUAGAAGAAUAUGGCAGAGAACUAGAAACAGCAGUCAAAAGAAGAUUAAACCAGCUGAAUAGGAGAGUAAAGUGGGAACUUGAUAACUUAAGGUAUAAUUCGUAUCGCGCCUACCUUGAAAAGGUAAACCCAAAUGACUCUAGUCUUUGGCUAGCGACAAAAAGAAUCCUAAAGCAACCUAAUCUCAUCCCUCCAUUAAAAAAUGAAAUUGCCAAAUACGACACCAACUAUGAAAAGUCUGAAGCAUUUUCCGAAUACUUUGAAACUUGUUUCACUUCCGAAGACAACACUACACCAAAAAGAGGGAGUUCAGAUGAAUCACCGAAUGCAACUAACAAUAAGCACAGCAAUACUAUCAUUCCAACAUCUCCCAAAGAAAUACAAUUGAUCAUAUCUAAAUUAAAAAGUAAGAAAAGUCCUGGUCAUUCGUCCUGA